AUGACACCCGACAAACUCUUGACGACGAGAAUAAUGCCUCAAGAAAGUUCAACGGCAGGUGCUGAUGACGCACCUACGUAUCCAAUGCAGUUGACAACCCCACCCCCCCAUUUAAGGUUUGCAGGUGGCGGCGUUGAGGCAGAGCCAGCAAAGACUCCUCAUAUGCGUACAUCGAGAAAUAGGGAGCAGCCGAAUGAAACGCCAGUGGCUACUGAGACAUCCUCUGUUGCAACGCAGACACGGGCUCCACGCAGACCCUCUGGAAGCGAUAUUUCUCUGGCUGCAAGUGUUACUUCUGCAGAAAAUGGUGCUCCUUCAUAUGCGACCACUAAGGCCCGCACGGUGUCCAGCUAUAUCGAUGCAGGAAUUGGUGCAACAUCUAGCAGGACACAGCGCCGCACAACUGCAGGAGCAUCAGCCCCUCCAAUGUCUUCGGCCCCAGAAGACAUGCAAAGGAAUGCGAAUUCCUCAGCUGGCGAGGUGGAUGCAACGCAGGAAACGUCAGCGGUGUCAAUGUUGGGGAGCUCCCCGAAAAGGCCCCCAAGUCUUGCUGGGUUGGGAUUGACGGGAAGUUCCAGACAAAGAGAAAGACCCCUUUCUUCACGAAAGCCACAGUCACGUCCUGGGAUUAUUCCUAACGGAGGUCAAUCGGUAAGAAUCCCGGUGAGCACAACUGCUCCAGACAUCACCGUUGGACUAACCACCGCUUUUUCCUUGCAAACGUCGAGACCGGAGAGUGACGGCAGUAGAGGCAGGGUUUUCCGAGGGUCUGAAGCUGAUACACAAGACGCCGAAGGAUCUAGAGAAGAUGAGACUACUUGCCUAGUGGGCAACUGCCCUUCUUCCGGCUUCCUCGGGACAGCAGCAAGGCCAGGGACAGAGGCGGGAGCAUCGGGGACAUUCCCGUAUGACGGCCAAGGCGACUACAUGGAAGAGUCCCUUGGCAAUAAUUUUACGGGUGGAUAUGAUCUUAAUAUGGGGAUCCUGCAGCCAGAUCAUUUCGUGGUCGACUCAGAAGAAACGGCUAUCCCCGAAUUCAUACACGGAAUCCUUCCUGAACAUGAGCAAGACACUCCAGAGCCGGAUGCAAGCCCUCGUUCAGGCCUUCUGUCUUAUCGCCGGCUUGGCGAGCGGCCACCACUCCGGGAGGCUGCGUCACCUGGAUCCUCAGGGCGAAGGGAAGCCGCUGGAGGGUCUGGGAAAAAGCCUACAGAGGGAAAAGGGUCGAAUUCGGAUGCAACGGCUGGAGGGGAAAAAGACGAGGAGGAAGACCCCUACGAAGAGUACCCGGACCAUUGUGGGGAUUUGGCUACUUUCAUCGAAGGCCGUCAGGUUGUGGAAUGGGACAUUCCGAUCUUCAACGGAAUUGUGCAUGUUCUUAGUUCUUCGGUUUUGAGGCCGGAUAUCGAGGCAAUAGCCACCGAGAUUGCUUUCUGGCAGUGCACGCACCAAUUCUGUUUUGAAUGCCCCUUCUUGACUCCUUUCCUGCUCAAGUUCCUUGAUAAUAUCGGAAUAAUAACGGGGAAAAAGCCCUUCGAGUUCAUGCCUCCUCCGGGCGUUCGUCCAGAUUGGGUCUGCAGGGGAGCUUUUGACUACUACCCAGCAGGCUGGACGAAGCAGACCUGGCUGAAGUAUCUCGAGACCAUGCACUCAAGUGACAAAAGAAUCAUGAAGAGAAACGCAGAACUUGUAACGAGGGCGGCCCAUGAGCGUCAUCAGAUCGCUUUGCUUUACGAGAGUGUUCGUUUGCAGUCAAUUGAGGCGAGAAGAAGGUAUGAUCCUCUCCGGCCCAUUAGCGACCCUUUCUACGACCCGCAGUACAAGAAUAUGAAGAAGUCUUUCGACGAAAAGAACUUCGAAUGUAAAGGCGAAGAGGUCAACAGGGAGAUGACCCACAAACAAAUGCACAAAAUAUUACCGGCAGUUUACCCGUGGAAGCGUUAG